AUGACUACAGGCCAGGACGAGUGCGGCAUGUGCGCGCCGCCCGCCACCAGCGCCAGUGUGCUCCCCAAACCCCACCCGCACCCGCGCUACAACAACAAGGCCGCCCGGCUCCGCACCUUCGAAGAUUGGCCCAAGAGCAUGAAGCAGAAGCCCGAGGAGCUCGCCGAGGCCGGCUUCUACUACACCGGCCAGAGCGACAAGACCAAGUGCUUCUACUGUGACGGAGGACUCAAGGACUGGGAGGAGGACGACGUCCCAUGGGAGCAGCACGCGCGUUGGUUCGACCGGUGCGCGUACGUUCAGCUCGUUAAGGGAGAAGAUUACGUCCAGAAGGUCAUGAGCAGCCAAAAAGGAAAAGUCAUCAUUGCUCCGAACAAAGCGUCCAACAGCGCAAUCGACCCCAACUACGAACUCGGCCGGAUCACCAGCCACCUCAUGGACAUGGCAGAGCCCACACUUCCAGGAGGCAAUACCGAAGCCGUUACGUAUACCGCAGCCAAACGCAAAACUAACGCUUACUUGUUAGUUAAGCUAAGCACACCAACUACUUAA